UAAUUAUAUAAAUAAUAAACUGAACAUUUAAUAUUUAUCUAGUACUCAAUGCUCAUGGUUAUAAGUUAUAAGCAACAAUAUCUGUAAAAGAUUUCCAGAUAUCACACACAGCACACAGGAACUAGUAUUUCAACACUCGUGUCUGAAAAAUAAGUGAAACAAUGUAUUCCAACAUGAAAAAUUAUUCAUUAAUUGAAUAUAAACUGCGUCGAUUUAUUUACUUGGGAGAAAAAACUUCAAUUUAUGUUCCUCCAGUUCACAAAAAACUAUUUUGGGAAAAUAAAAAUAGAGAAGAUUUUAAAAUUACUGGUAUAAAUCUGAUUGGUGAGAUAAUUAGGAAAAAUAAUACUGAAGAUAUUAAUUCUAUUGUUCCAACAAUUUCAAAGAUAGCAAAUGAAAAACAACCUCGAAAUUGUGAGACUUUAAUAUUUCUAUUAGCUGUAUGUGCAAAGUUUAAUAUGGACAAUUGUCAAAAAAUGAAAACUGAUGCUUAUGCAAAGAUUACAAUUUAUUGCACAGACGGAUUGAAAUUAAUGAUGUUCUUUAAAUUUUGUAGUACUGCUACAAAAAUCCUCUAUGACAAAGGAUAUAUAACUAAAAGAUCUUCAGGUUUUGGUGAAGGCGCCCGAAUAGCAAUUCGAAAAUGGUAUCUCAAUAGAGAACCUCUUGAGACAGUUAAAUUUAUAAUGCAAUAUAAGACCUAUCACGGUGUUAGUCAUAAACAAAUUAUGAACACAAUUCAUCUCCGUUCAGAUGAUCCAAGUCAUCAAGUUUACAUUACAUAUGUAUUACACGAUAUGAAAAAGUUAGAGGACAUAUAUGAAACAAAAUUGCUGAUACAAGAUGAUGACACAAGCAAGGAAAUAUUAGAUAAAAUACAACAAAAAUGUAUUUACAACUAUAUUAAAAAAGUACAUCGUAUAGAUAAUCCAACAAAUAGUAAAUUGACAAGUGAUUUGAAAUGGAAUGAUUUGGGCAAAGAUUUUAAAAUUGUAGUUACAAAAAUGCUUCAAAGUUCAAAAGUUUUAACUAAUUAUGUUCAACAAUUACCACUGAAUAUACUACUGGAUAAUACUUUCUCCUUUUCUCAACACCGCUUAUUUCAUAAUUUAAGGGGUAGAAUAGGCUGUAUGGAAUUCAUAAUGCGUUUUAAUAAUAUUAAAGAAAUACAAGAAUCCGAAAUACAUCCAUUUGAGUCAUAUUUAGAAUAUUUAAGAUAUACUAAAACUGGCCCGACUGUUUAUGCUUUAAAUAAAAGAAAGGAAUUUACAAAAAAUAUGUUAUUUGACACAAACAUGGAUGGAGCAGGGUGUUCUAAUAAUAUUGUACUUACAAAAAAAAAGAAAGAAAAUAAAUCGUUAAGAUUAAUUAAAAGUCAAAAUAAAUUUUGUAAAACUGAUGUUUAUUUCAUGAAGCCAUUACCAACUCAUUCACCAAAAUUACAAGAAUUGUUGUCGACUAAUUUAAUGAAAAUAACUUUAAAUAACUUAAAUCCAACAAAUCGACGGUUAUUAAUAGCGUAUGAUAGCCGAUCAUAUUAUAUAAGUGCAGUUAGUUGUCGUUACAUGCAUGUGAAAUUUCUCAAAGUUUGUGAGGCUAUCUCGUUGAUAGUACAAUCAAUAGCUUAUCCAAAUCAAUUAAAAGCAAACAACAAACCUACAAUAAUUGCUUUGCAAAACGGACAUAAAUUUAAAAUAGUUGAUGUUGACUGUGAUUUGAUAUGGAAAACAGCAUCUUUAGAAUAUCGUUUGUUCGGAAAUACCGCAGCAUUAGAACAAAAAAACAAUAAACGUGUUCGAAAUGUCAAGCCAUUAGACACUCUCGUAUGGUCUAAGGAAUGUAAUUUAAUGUAUGAUGUAUUUCUGUUUGUUGGAACUAAUAAAAUGGAUUUACGAAAGAUAAGAAAAGCCAAAGCACAGUAUGAAGCAUAUUUUUCGAAUUCAAAAAUUAAGAUUAUUGUUUGUUGUCUAAACGGAAAUCAUACUGAACGAAUUAAUUGUAGUCGUGAUGGUUUGUUGUUUAUACCAGGUUUUGAUAAAAAUGUUGGAAGAAUUAUUGAAUUAUUUAUAAAUAAUAAAUUUUAAGCACUCAUGUAAACUUUGAUGUAUACCAGUUAUCGCUUAUAAAAUUCACUGUUAAUGGACUCGAAUACUCUGUCCCAAAGUAAUAUAUGAAUAAAAGUAUUAUAACUCAUAUGUAUUUUUAGAAUAUCUAAUUGUGCGUUUGAAAUUAAAUAUCUUUUCUAUUAAACAGAUUUUAUGUAUCCUUACUUUAACUAUUACAAUUAGGUGCCUAUGUAAAUUAAAUAUUGAAUCAAACAAAAGUCACAUUUUAAUUUUAAUAUUUAAACUCUUGCUUGUUUAUUAGUUUUUUGGUCACUAAAAAUGUAUUAUUCUUAGAUCAUAUAAUUUAGCAGUAAUUAACUUUAUUUUUGGAAUAGUAAACAAACAAUUACAAAUAAUUUACAACCUCAUCCUUACCUAGAGCAGAGUUUCCCAAAGUAUGUUCUGCCAGAUGUACCUAUAUGAUAAAUGAUUAUUGAAAAACUUAUUUUAUACUAUAUUUAAAAAAAAUAAUAGUUACAAGAAGAAUAUUGCUAUAAAUUGUUUGUUGUAACUAUCUUUUAAGAAUUCUGUGAUUGUAAAAGUUUGGGAAUCGCUGACCUAGAGUACUGUAGUGUAAUCAUAAUUAUCAUAAUAAGAAAAUGUAAAUAAAAUAA